GUUAACUUUUCUCCUCCGUGUUGAUAGGGUUACGCCGCGUGCUCCAGUUGUUGUUUAAUACAACAUAAAACUGGAUCUUUUCGAUAAUGUCUACUAAGACGGGAAAUUUCAAAAAUCCAUUCUCGAGACCAUGGAUGACGGAGACUGGAGCAGCGGCAGCGGCAGGAAGUGGUUCCAUUGGAUUGAAAGGAGUAGUCGCUGGAGGAAUAACUGGUGGCAUUGAAAUUUGUAUCACAUUCCCGACCGAAUAUGUAAAAACACAACUACAAUUAGACGAAAAAGGUGGAACCAAAAAGUAUUCGGGAAUAGUUGACUGCGUCCAAAAAACUGUCAAGGGUCAUGGUUUUCUCGGCCUCUACCGUGGGCUCAGUGUGCUCCUCUAUGGCUCUAUACCAAAAUCUGCAGUCAGAUUCGGAGUAUUCGAACAAGCGAAGCUUUAUAUGGUGAAUGAAAAUGGUACUCUAUCAAACUCGGGGAAGCUGAUGUGUGGUCUGGCAGCUGGUGUCGCCGAAGCUAUCUUCGCAGUCACACCCAUGGAGACUGUUAAGGUCAAGUUCAUCAAUGACAUGAGGAUGGAAAAACCAAGAUUUAAAGGAUUCUUCCAUGGCGUACGAACUAUUGUGCGUGAGGAAGGCGUGGGCGGCGUAUACAAGGGUGUGUCGGCGACGAUAAUGAAGCAGGGCAGCAACCAGGCCAUCAGGUUCUUCGUGAUGGAGUCUCUCCGCGAUUGGUAUAAGGGCGGAGACAGGGACAAACCCGUGCCCAAGUACAUCGUGGCACUGUUCGGUGGUGUAGCCGGUGCGACGUCUGUGUUCGGAAACACCCCCAUCGACGUGGUGAAGACCAGGAUGCAGGGUCUCGAAGCCGCCAAGUACAAGAGCACCUGGGACUGUUUCAUCAAGACCUGGAAGCACGAGGGACCGCUCGCCUUCUACAAGGGAACCGUCCCGAGACUCAGCAGGGUAGUGUUCGACGUGGCCAUCACCUUCACCAUUUACGACAGCAUCAUGGACGUCUUCAACUACGUCUGGAAGUAACGCUUCACGAUGUAUUUAUUUGUAUUUGUAUAGAGGUGAUGCCUAAAUCGAAAGUCAACGUCGCAACUUUGAGUCAAAUAUUUUACUGAAUGCAAUCGUAAAGACGGCCAAAAGCCGGUCGCUUACGUUUGUGGCAUUAGAUAGAAAGUUAAAGUUACCCAAUGUAGUAGAUUAAGCUUAACUAUGAACUGGACUUGGUAUGACGCUUGUUCUUAUAAGACUAUUUCACAAGUUCCAUCGUUAGUUCGGUACGAACGCGUCCUUCGGUGAGGUUCACAUGUUUUAUAUCUCAAUGUGAAGUGUGAUGUCAGGGUUCCAGGAAUCAGAAUUGUAUUGCAUUUCUUUUUCAAUGCUUUUAUUAUGUUAUUGCGUUAUUUUUGUAUAAAGGUUUAUUUUUAUAUUGUUUUUGUGCAUUUUGCCACUUCGGCCGCGUUCGAGACGAGUCAUUUCGGAAAAAAGAAAUCUAUAAAUUGGAAUCUCCUUCCGCUACGCGCUCUUGAGACAUGUUUUACUUAUUGACGAAUUUAUUACAUAUGACAAUAUUUUGCAUUUCUCUUAUCGUGCAUUUUUGGCCUUUUGUUAACAUUUAAAGAUCUCUCGAAACCGUUUUCACGACGACCUCGCUCGGCGAAUGCUGCUUUCCCUCAUUUUUAAAUUAAUGUCGAGAGAUCUCGAUGAGACAUUCCGUUACGAUUGAACCGUUUAAUGCUCUGGGUUUAUUUUUUAUGUCUAUUUACGAUGUUGAAUGUUGCGUUUAUUUAUUUACUGUUAUGAUUUAAAUACAUUGUCAAACAACUGAA